AUGGCACACUCCGAGAAUCAGCUACAGUUGACACAUAUUCAGAGCUCCGAGCAAGCAGUACCGUACCAGGGUCACUCUGAGUCUCAAAAGUCGCCGAGGCCCGAGGUGGAUGCAGGAUUAAUGCUUGAUGAAGAGCUAAACAUGUUGCUCACAACUUCUCAACCACAACCACAACCACAACCACACAGACAUGAGGGACAUUCUAGAACUGGCUCCCAAACUUUCAACAUGGACAUCAAAGAACAAUACAUUGGGAGCUCGAAAACUGUGAGCAAUUCUCAAACCCCAAACCUACAGCCAAUAUCGAGCCCAAAGAUUGAAAGCAUCGACUCAUCGAAGCAAGAAAUAAGUUUACUGCAAGCGCAAGAUGAUGCUGCAAAUAAGUCAAAACACAAAAUGGAGAAACCGAAGCGGAACAGCACCCAACAGGAGCAAGAAGCAGAUGAGCUGGCAUCACACUCGCGCGUCUCCGCAUAUGCUAGGCUAGACUUUGAAAGCAAUGUGUUCUAUGUUCAGACUUUGCAAGUGGUUUUGGGUCGGAAAUCAAACGACGAAUUGAUACAGCAAGAUGUGGAUGUACACUUGUCAGAAAGAAAGGCUAUUUCAAGAAGACAUGCAAAAAUAUUUUACAACUUUGGUACCCAACGGUUUGAGAUUUCAGUGUUGGGAAAGAAUGGAGCUUUUGUGGAUGAAACUUUUGUCGAAAAGGGGGUCACAAUACCUCUCACCGAUGGAGUUAAAAUUCAAAUUGGUGACAUACCUUUCCGAUUUGUGCUACCGGCACCUCCAAAUGAGACGCAUGAUCAACAAAACGGCCCCAAGCAAUUUAAUCCAAGCGAUGCUAUUAAUUUAAAAUCUAAUUUGUUUUCGAAAUCCCCUGUUCAAAAGGCCCCUUUGAAGAAUGUGCAAGAUCCUGCCAACCGCAGUGACAAUAAAUUGUCCUUACGGAAAAAAUCAAUGAGCAGGCGGGAUUCUCUUUUGAGAAUUAGGAAAUUAUCGAAUGCUAGAAGGAAAUCUGCGGCUGCGGAUGACGAAUUGAAUGAGUUAUUACGAGAUUUAGGAGUCACUUCGAUUGAAAACAUCGAUGAAGAAGAGUCGGAUUUGCUUGAUGCACAGAUCCAAAGUCUCUUAAAUGAGGAUAACGAGUUGGGUCUUGGCGAUGGCGUGAUUCAUCUUGCUCGUAUGAAUGAAUCUGCUAUUGCCGAUGAUGAAGAUGAUGAGCUAGAUUUGGUCAGGGGUAUAGAGCUAGAUGCAAAAAUGGAGAAAGAAAUCUUGGAAAUCGAGUCCAGUAUAAAUCAGCUCACCCAAGAUAUAGCCAAUUUGAAGUCUCAGGGGGGUGAUCAAAGCUUGAUCUUGGAGAAGGACGAAUUACGAAAGGCUUUGGAGGAAACCAAGAAACAAAAGAAGGAUCAUAUAUCUCAACGCAGAUCGUCUUUUGUAAAAAAUGCAGGGCCUUUACGUUCGACUCCACUUAUGGGGAAGCCUGCAUCCAUUCAACCAUCUUCAUCUUCCUCCAUUCACAAUAGAUUUAGCCAGAUUGACAAAUCUUUACCGUUUUUUGCAAACUCGAGCAUUCCACACGCAAUACUACCGAUAUUGGAAGCACCGGUCUUCCUUUUAACCUCAGAGCCUGGAGCUAUUCGAUUACGUCCUCCUUCGCGAGCCAUUGCUGUUGGAGACUACUCACAUCGUAAAUCGUAUUAUUUCCCAAAGACCCUCGAGCAGCAGUCCCAGUUUCCUAAACCAAAGGGGAAAAAAGUUAUCCCAAGAAAAACUCCAAAACGGAUUUACUCUAUUGACGAGAUACCUGAGCAAUAUAGAUCGAAACCCAAUUUGACAUUUACCUCAAUGGUUUCUAAUGUUUUGAGUACAGCCGCAGCAAAAACCGGACUAACCAUCAAUGAAACCAUCGAAGCAAUAAAGGAAGUCUACCCUUACUUUAAAUAUUGCCAAGAAGGCUGGCAGGCUUCUGUAGCCCAUUGCAUCAAAAAUACAAAAAUAUUCAAACGAGUUGCAAAGAGAGGUUACGAGUGGCUUUAUACUAUGGACGAAUUAUACAAAAAUGAGAGAGACUCGGUAAGAGCAAGACACAAGGAAUAUAUCGAUGCAAUGACGAAAGCGGAAAUCCUUCGGCAACAGGAAUUACGACAAAUUCAAAGAAUGGGACCACAAGAUCUUAGCAGUCAAUUGUAUGCCAAUAGAAAUUUGCAGCCUCCAGUUGCAAGAACCGUACCUGCUACUCAAUAUAACAGUGGCAUACAACCAAAAAGUGGGCAGUCUAGAGAUAUGCUGAAACCAGAGACACCUAAUACAGCGUCCCAGUCUCCCCCAUCUGUGAAUGAUCCUAAAACCCAAAGGUCCUUAGAGUAUUUAAGAGCAGAAUUGUUCAGCUUGUACAAGUCACGCCAAGUCGCAUAUGAUAAGACAACAGCGACCCUGCUUAUUACGAAAGCAUUGGCAACAACAAUAGCUCAAGUAAAUAACAUCGGGGCUAAAGCAGGAUGUGGAGAUAAUGCAUUAAAUUUUUUGGUUGAAAAGGCGCCGCAACAGGUGAGCAAAAUUCUCGAUAUUGCUUUGACAAAGUCUAUCAAGGAGUAUGAAGGUAUUUCAGUUCCGGCAUCAGCCAAAAGUACUCCAUCGCGAAAUAGCCCUGUGCCAAAUCCUUCUCAGCAACAUGGACAGCAAUCGAACAAUACUAUGGUGGAGAACCAAGGAUUGCCAGUCAAUCGCAAUACAGCUGAAGCUCUGGUACAGCCUAGUUCUGUGACCAAUAACACAUUGCAACCAACGUCUUCCGGAGGCUCUCUGGGUCAAACCACACAUAUUACCCCACAAUCGACUCCAAUUCAGCUCACAAGCCCGCCCGCUAAACCAAUUACAAAACCAAAAUUGGAGACGCUGCCUUUACCUAAUCGCACGGCAAAAAUUGCACAAGACCCACCAUUGCCUCGACCACUGUUUGGAAAGCCACCAAAUUUGGGAAGGCCGGGGUCUUAUGCAAGACCACAAGCAUAUGGUAAGCCGCCAGGAGUUGGGAGUAGUCUUUCGCGACCUCCAACAUUUUUGUCGAACAAACCAACUUUUCAAGGUGGGACUAAGAGAGAAGUUGAGUCAAACAACUAUGAUAACGAACAGCCAACAAAGGCUGCAAAGACUCAGUGA